UCGAUUUGUUGCCGCGGUUGAGGAAGGAGCGCGUUCGGCCAGCGGCAACUUGAGGAUCGGCGGCGCGUCGCUCUGGCGCGCGGUCCAAGUCGUUCCUUUCCAAAUGCUUUGAAGCGCCGUCUCUUCAAUCGACGCCCGGCUUUUUCCGAGCGGCGCGGGAUGAGCCGACUGCGCGCCUCCGAGAGCGUCGUGGCGCACGCGCCUGCUCGACGCGUGCGCCUGAAGCCCUGGCUGCUGGCUCAGGUGGACGGCGGCCGAUUCCCCGGCCUCUGUUGGAUGGAUCCGGAGCGCCGACUCUUCCGGGUGCCUUGGAAACACGCCACGCGCGGCGCGCCCGCCUGUCAAGAGGAAAGCUCCAUCUUCAAGGCGUGGGCCCUUGAAACGGGCAAAUUUCAGGAAGGUGUGGACGAUCCGGACCCGGCCAAGUGGAAAGCCAACCUGCGCUGCGCGCUGAACAAGAGCAAAGAGUUUCAGCUGCAGUUCGACGGCACCAAAGAGACGCCCUUUCAAGCCUAUAAAAUUUACCGCGUGGUCAACACAGACGCAGCCGCCGCCGAUGCCGAUGAUGAUGAGAUGCCCGACCUGACGGAGCUGACGCUCGAGUCCGGGUUCCGCGACGCCGCCUCUUGGGCGCCCGUCCCGCCGGCCCUCGGCGACGUGAAGCGGUUGCCGGCGAGCGCCGUCACCUCGGAGCUCCCCCGGCGGGACUUGCCGGUCUUUGACGGGGUCGGCUUUGAACAUCCGGAGGCCGGCGCGGACCCGGCCGACCUGCUCGGUAGCAUCCCGUCGACGGAUCUGGAGGUGAAGUUCCAAUACCGGGGGCGGGCCACGGGUUCGCUGACUGUCAGCAACCCCCGGGGCUGCCGCCUGUUCUACGGACAGCUGGGGCCCGACCCGCAGCAAGUGGAGCUGUUUGGACCCGUCGACCUGCAGCAGGUCUCCUUUCCGGGCACUUGCCAGAUCCCCAGCCGGAAGCAGCGGGACUUCACCGAGGCCCUGCUGAGCGUGAUGGAUCGAGGGCUGGUCCUGGAAAUCUGGGAGCAGGACAUCUACGCCGUCCGCCUCUGCCAGUGCAAGGUUUUCUGGUCGGGACCCGGCGCGCCCGAUCGGGGGCUGCCCAAUCGGCUGGAGAGGGAGAGGAGGGUCAAAGUGUUCAGCCUCAGCCAUUUCCUACAAGGACUGAUCUUGUACCAGAAGGGUGAAGCUCAUAAUCCCCCCCCCUACGAGAUCUACUUCUGCUUUGGGGAGGACUGGCCUGAUCAGAAACCGAAAGAGAAGAAACUCAUCGUGGUCCAGGUGGUUCCGGUCGUGGCCCGGAUUCUAACAGAAAUGUUCUCGGGUGAGCACAGCUGGUCCAUCGACAGCAUCCGGCUGCAGAUCUCCAACCCGGAUGUCAAGGACCAGACAGUGGAGCAGUUUAAGGAGCUCCAGAGACUCCUCCAGAGUCAAAGCAUCCAAGGACCCUGAACUGCCACCGCCCCACCCAACAGGUUCAGAACACAAGACCACGUCAAGCGAGACAUCCUUUGCAUGCUCGCGCGACCGUCUUGGAUGAGAGCGCGUGCGUGUGCUAAAGCGACCCCGAGGGUUCCUUUUCAAAUCUGCAAAACAUUUUUGAUGAGUGUCGUGGCACCUCUGACCUCACUAUUUAGCCAAGAGCAUCAUCCAAUGAUGAACGGCACAUUUUUUUGAAGCACUCGUGCCUAGUUGCUGAAGCCGAAUCGUCUAUUUUCAAGGGCAGGGGGAUGAUGUAGUUGUCCAAAAUAAAAAUCCAUCUUUUGAUUUUUCCAUAAGCCAUCGCAAAAACACCGAUCGCUAUUGCUGUCUUUUAUUCGGACCCGUUUAAAAAAAAAAAAGAACGGGCAAAUCCUUGGAACACUUGCUUCCCUUCUUCAUGAGCCCCAAAUUUUGCAUGGAAAUAUUAUUCCAAUGAAAACAAAGCAAAAAACAAGUGAUUAUCCCACUCCCGAGCCGCGAGUGGGCUGGUUGCAACUGAGCGCCGUGUACGUCAAUGUUGGCUCAGGAAAUAAAAGCGAUCUUCACCACUCCAUCAAGAA